AUGCUAGUUGAAGCAAUACAAAGCACAGUCACACUUCACCUAUAUCUCGGAAGUGGUGAUAGACUUGCUGCUGAAUCUGUAAAAGGUAUACAAGGAGUCGGGAUCAUUGCGAGUUCCAAACAUCUGAUCGCAAACGAGCAGCAAGAAGGUUAUCGCAACCAAGAAAAAACGGUGCCGGACAGACGCCGGACAGUCGAAACAAUAUUGACCAACCUUGAUGAUAGAACGCUACACGAGUAUUAUCUCUAG